AUGGACAAUCCUGAAGGUCAAGGAGGUGAUCCUCCGCCCGCAAAGAAGCAAAAAACAGAUCCAACUCCCCUCGGAUCGCUUUUCAUGCCAGCAUCAGCCAACCCCAUCCCAUCAGCUUCAACGGUGAUCUUCGACCCAGCAGGCGAUCUUCAUCUUCAGGUCGGAUUUAUGCACUCUUUCCAGGUUGACUCGCAUUCCCUCUGCCGUCAUUCUUCUGUCUUCAAGGCCAUGCUUACCGGACCUUGGCUCGAGAGUCGUCCUGCCGAGGGAAAGUGGAUAGUCAAGCUACCAGAAGACAGCCCGCGAGGCCUCGAGGUUCUCCUCAACAUAGUUCAUGGCCGUUUCGAUCUUGUCCCCAAGACCCUGGCCAAUGAUCAUCUUUUCGAUGUUUGCGUUGAAGCUGACAAGAGAGACAUGAUCAAGACUCUGGGUCCUUGGACUGCGAACUGGAUACUCAACGUGCGUAACAACCAGGACUACUGCUUUCUCAAGACCGUUUUCAUUGCCUGGGUUUUGGGAAUGAAGAAGCUCUUUACAGAGCUUGUCACGUAUCUUCUCUGGAACUGUUACAUCCAGAAGAACGGCUCGAUUCGAGUGCACCUGAACCUAGUCGGAUGCGAUUCCCAGUUGGUUAUACUCCAGCAUUCUAUUCCAGGAUUUUCCUAUGCCAAAUCAACGGGCUUCUUGGACCAGAUUCCCGAGCUUCGCAAAGUUUGCAUGGAAUCACUACUGCACUUCGCCCAUAGAUACUGGCUUAAGUUUGCUACCGCAAGCCCCGUGCAGGACUUCCCGAGAGAGCAUGUGAUUAUCUUUGGAUGGUUUGUCUCUGGAGUCAGGAAGCUCGAUCUUUACGCUCUCCCUGCAUCAAUGGUUCUCGCCAAAGAACACACGAUAAAGGAGUUGCACGCUGGACUGCAAAUAAUCCCUGAUCAGAUCGAGACGCCACACAGAGGCACUGCCCGCCUGCAUCAAAGCUGCGUCGACGCAGCCGCAAGCUUGAGACAAGAGCUUGCUGUGCUUAUCGCCAGCUUUCCUGGCGUUCUAACCGAACCGCAACUGAAGCACCUGGAAGAGAGGGCCAAGCUACUCGGUAUCUCGGACAGCUGA